CCACUUGGAUCGUCCACACCUCCCAGAGUCCCAGCCUCCUCUCUCAGUUCCUUUCCUUCCUCCUCUUGCCAAGCAAAGUACAGGACGCCACGCUAGCGGCUAGGCUCCACCGCUCCACCUAUAAACAGCAAGCAGCCGGAGAGCCAGCACAGUAGCGAGCCAUCAGAACCGGCAAGCACGACACCACGCUCAACUCGGGAGCUAGAGUCAAGCUGUAGAGAGCUGUGCGCUGCCGAUCGAGCAUGGACGCGGCGAUGAUAAGGCACCGGACGGUGGAGGCGAACGGCAUCGCGAUGCACGUGGCGGAGGCCGGCGACGAGGGGAGCCCGCGGGUGGUGGUGUUCCUGCACGGCUUCCCGGAGCUCUGGUACUCGUGGCGCCACCAGAUGGAGCACCUCGCCGCGCGGGGAUACCGCUGCGUCGCGCCCGACCUCCGUGGCUACGGCGCCACCGACGCGCCGCCCGACGUCGCCUCCUACUCCGCCUUCCACAUCGUCGGCGACGUCGUCGCCCUCCUCGACGCGCUCGGCCUCCACAAGGUGUUCGUUGUUGGUCACGACUGGGGCGCCAUCAUCGCGUGGUACCUGUGCCUGUUCCGGGCGGACCGCGUGACGGCGCUGGUGAACACCAGCGUGGCCUUCAUGCGCCACGUCUUCAUCCGCGCCGGCGCCGGCGCCGUCAAGCCCAUCGACUACUUCAACCGCACCUACGGGCCCACCUACUACAUCUGCCGCUUCCAGGAGCCCGGGGUUGCAGAGAGGGAGUUCUCUCCCGCCAACGCCCGGUACCUCAUGAGGCAGAUCCUGUGCAACCGUUUCACCUCCGAGGCGUCCGGCGGCGACAAGCCGGGGUCGACGACCGACGACGAGCCGCUGCCCCCGUGGCUGACGGAGGCGGACCUGGACUACUUCGCGUCGGAGUUCGAGCGGACGGGGUUCACGGGCGCCAUCAACUACUACCGCAACAUGGACCGGAACUGGGAGCUGGCGGCGCCGUGGGCGGACGCCAAGGUGCUGGUGCCCACCAGGUUCGUCGUCGGCGACGGCGACCUCACGUACCACUACCCGGGCAUCCAGGACUACAUCCACAAGGGCGGGUUCAAGGCCGACGUCCCGCUGCUCGAGGACGUCGUCGUCAUCCCCGGCGCCGGCCACUUCAUCCAGCAGGAGAAGGCCGGCGAGGUCAGCGAGCACAUCCACGACUUCAUCUCCAGGUUCUGAUGCCUAGACAAUGCAUCAUAUAUACGUGAUCUAUAUUUCAAGGUACAUGGUGUGGUCGAUACGUGAAAUGAUGUGUUGUAUGAUGCGCUGUCUCCUAAAUUAACAUCGCGUGCAAAUUUCCUACAUUGUAUAAUGAGAAAUAGGACAGGCCCCCGCGUUUGUCAAGUACAAAGAAGCUCUCAGUGUAGCCACUCCGCCCUGGCCCGGUUUGAACUUGGCCCAUGUAAAAUUUCCCGAUCGGACUCGUGAAAAAGGCAACUGCUGUGAGCCUGUGUUCGUCAGA